AUGAAAACAAUUUACAUUUUGGUUCAACUCGUGCAAAUCACCCUACAAUGGGUUGAAUCGGAAGAUUUCGAAUGUUACAUGCUGCAUGGUUUGAAUCCAAAAUCAAGCAAAUCAACGGGAAAUGUUCUUGAGUCAUGCUUCAAAGCGAAACAUUCGAAAUAUUAUAUGGGUUGUUUAGCUGUUGUUGACGAACGAGGAUUAAUAUAUACCGGCUGUGCUGAUAGAUAUCCGGAAUUCCGCUAUUUGUGCAUUCCGAACAUUCGCCGACGCGGCAGCUAUUUAAUUCAAGAUUCUCUCGGCGUUUCCUAUUUUGAUAAGCGCGUCGCGCAGUGUUGCCGCGAGGCGCGAUGUAAUAAUGGCGAGUUUUUGCAAAAUUUCACACGAGACUCGACGCUUCUUCCCGUUAAUGAAGCAUUUGAGAGUAUAAUUGUCAUUUUACGCCUUCGCCUCAUCGCCGGAUUCCUGGUGUCAUGUGCAGUCGGCGCGAUUUUCGGUUUAGCUUACCUAUAUUAUGCAAAAAUUACACAGGAUGACCGCUGGAUGCAUUUGAACUACUAUGAUAGUGAUGAGGAGGACACUGUGCAAUCACAAUUUAAUAAAAUGCUUCCUUUUGUGUACAAUCCGGAUGAUGAUAAUUCCAGAGCAGAGGCCAAUUCAAAUAGCCAAGAGCGUGGUAUCGAAGAGUACUACAUGGAUUACGAAAAGAAACAGGCGAAUUCGCGCUUCUAUCGGGAUCGCGUCGGUAUCGGACAGCAGCAUGGCUAUCCGCCGCUGCCAUCAAAUGGGCAGGAGAUCGAGAGCAUUCAACACCAAAUGCGGCAAACCGAGCAGGCGCUUCAACGUUUGAACGAGGAAAAACAGCUAUUCCAUCAACCGCCGCCAACCAUCAACGAGCCAAAUAUGGCGCACGCGCCAAUAAUGGCGCAACUUCCGCCAACAUUGUCGCAACCGCCGCCCAACUUCAGUGUGCCUCCGCCGACGACAUAUCCGGCGUAUCAGCAACAAGUGCCGCAGCUCACCGGAAUACCGCCGCCGAUUUCGUCGAUGCCCGCCGCGCCGCGCAAACCGGACGAGUCGCGUCGGAAGCGCUCGCGUGAACGCGAUCGUCGCCGCUCGCGUUCGAGAAGCAAGGAGCGCCGCCGUCGUCGAAGUCGAACUCGCAGCCGCAGCCGUGAGCAUCGUCGUCGAAGAGAUCAUCGGAGCCGGAGUCGAAGUCGCACGCGUUCUCCACCGUCGCGAUACUCGUCGAAGAAGCGCCGAUCGAGAAGCGCCAGUCGUGAUCGGGAAUUUGAUGAAGAUGACUGGAAUCCCGGAAUUCCGUCGAAUAAGCUUGCAAUCCUCAACAUGCCAAGCGAUGUCGACAAUGUUAAGAUCACAUUGGCGCUCGGCAAAAGCGGCUAUUUGCCACAAGACGUGAGAACAAUGACGAAAUUUGAUAAAGUGACGAAACAAAUUCGAACGUUCGCGUUCGUCGAGUUCUCCGAUAUCGCGGUGGCGACGAAAUGGAUGGACGAGAACCAAGGCUAUUUGUAUUUGGACGACGGUCGGCGUGUCGUCGUCGAAUAUGCGAAAGGCGAUCAUCAAUCGGGCUCGUCGCGACGAGAAGAUGAUUGGAUUUGCGCCAACUGCUCGAUGAACAAUUUUGUGAAACGCCAAAACUGCUUCAAAUGCGAUAUUAGUAAAGAGCAAUCGUUCGAUCUCGAGAAACAAGGAAUGCAUAUGGUUGGAGUCGCCGCGUGCGAUACGCUUUUGAUCCGCCAACUCCCUGAGAAUUGCGAUCCGUGCUUGAUAUAUAGCGGCCUUCACGGCUACAAUGUGAUGAAUUCGAUCAAUAUGGUGAAAGUGUCCGACUCGAAGCGUUAUGCGUUUGUGCACAUGAAGAGCACCGAUGAGGCGAUUGUGCUAUUGAAUUUGAUCUAUCGAAAACCGUUGAAACUCGGCGAUAAAGAUGUUCAAGUGACUUAUUGUCGGGACUCAUUGUCGAAAUCAAUUCUUCAUCAAGUGACGAAUUUGCUUCAAGUCAACGGACCAACACCGCCGGCGAAUCAAGAAUCGAUGAGCGGCGCGGCCGUUGCCGAAAAAGCGAUAUCGAAAGCGCAAAUUGCGCGCGACACGAGCAAUCAGAUUGGCCAAAUGCUCUCAUCGACGAGCUAUCCGCCGCCGGCGCCGCAGUCAAUGAUGGUGCCGAACGCGCAGUACACCAAGGGUGUCAUCGGCUCGGUGACAUUGCCGAACGGAAGUGUCCAUCCGCGUUAUGUGGUGCCGAAUCCGGCCGGCUUUCUUCCCGACACCAACAGCGGCUAUUAUAUGGAUCCGAUCACGACGUUCCUCUAUGACACCAACACGGGCUACUAUUUCAAUAAUGAUUCGAAAGUGUGGUGUGUGUAUGAUAUGGCUUAUCAGACGUACUUCACCGUCGAGCAACAGCAGCAGCCACAAUCACAGCAGCCAUCGACUGAGGUGACGACGGAGGUGAAGGAGAAGGAGGCGACGGCGGAGAAGAAGAAGAGCGAUGGUCCGAAGAAGGCGGAGGAUAUUCAGAAGGAAAUGGAGAAAUGGCGGCGAAAGCAGGAGAAGAAGAAGAUUCAGAUGUCGAUAAAGGCGCCGUCGAAGGCGUUGGAGACGAAAAAUGUGUUUCAUGGUAAUUUUGAGAAGAAGAAGAUGGCGCCAAUUCUUGGCGAUGAUGAUGAUGACGAUGAGGUUGGCGAAGCGGCACUCGAGCCGAGCAGCUCGACGACCCUUCCGGCGCCGACGCAACGCAAAGGACCAUCGGCGAAAGAGUUGCGCGAGGCGAUGGAGCGUGCGCUCGUCGAUGAAUCGAAAUUGAUGUGUCUGCUUUGUAAACGCGCGUUCCCUUCGGUUGACAUUCUACGAAAACACGUGAACAAGAGCGAUAUGCAUAGGGGAAAUCUGGAGAAGAAGCGCAUCGAAUGGGGCAAACAAUACGCGGAGACGCUCGAGGAAGAGGAGAGGAAUGAGAGGAAGGAGCCCGAGAUGCCGAAGAUUGUCUAUCGCGAUCGAGCGAAAGAGCGACGCCAACAGUAUGGAAUUGACGCGGCCGGCUAUGCGUUUGACGUGAUGGGCGGCAAAGAGUCGGCGGCGAAGUCGGAAGAAGCGAUACGACGAGAGAGCGAGCUCGCCGCGGCGAGACCCAUCGAUAACUCGAACAUUGGCAAUCGCCUACUGAAGAACAUGGGAUGGAAAGAAGGCGAAGGUGUUGGAAAGAACGGCCAAGGGAUCGUGAAUCCGAUUCAGGCCGAGCGUUUCGUGCUUGGCGCCGGCCUCGGAUCGGCUGGUUCGAAAAUUCGCGGCGGCGUCGAGGCGUCGCAUAAGGAAAAGACAAAAGCUGCGCUUUAUAGUCGAUUUAAUAGCUGA